AUUGCGCGAACACCGCAGCGUGCCGGUAUGCCAGCAAACGCGUACGUGUGCCGCUGCCGCACAUGUCGAUAGCCCGCCGCAGUCGCGGGACAUGCGGCCAUGGGAUGUGGACACUCGGAUCGCAAGUCGUCCGACUCGCCGACCACGGCGUCCGCGUCAUCGUCGUCGGAUCGCCGGCACGUGGACGGUACGCGGUGCGGGGUCCGGGCUGCGCGCGGUGCAGGAGACGACCGCCACGCCGAAGACGCGUUCGCGCACUACAACAAUUACGGAGUCGAGGGAUUUCACGCCGGGUUUCCCGUCCACCGUAUCACCAAAGUAACGCAGGUCGAACAAGUGGAUGUUUGUGAAGAACAAAACAAUAAAAUAUCUUUACAUGAUGACAACAAUGGUUCUCAAGGGUUCCCAGAAGUAUUAACAAUUAAUGGUAGUUGGAUAUAUGGUCUAAAUGCAGGAGGAUCAAGGAAUAAUUUAGACAUGUUUGAAACUAAUCCUCAAUAUUUGCUCAAAUUUCCUACAGGUACUAUGUUACUUUACCUAUAUAUUAUAAUAAAAAUAUUUCAUAUUAUUAUUUAUCAUAUUAUUAAUUUGCAGGAAUUUUAGAAGAAAAUUUGUUUGUAACAAU